AUGGGUGAGCAGAAAGUGAUUGAAGAAAUAGAAGAAGCGAUGAAGAGCAAGACUUCUAUGGUUUUCGCCAUUAAUGGUGAAAGAUUCGAGCUCGAGCUCUCUUCCCUUGAUCCUUCAACUACACUCAUCGAUUUCUUGCGCAACAAGACUCCUUUCAAGAGCGUCAAGCUCGGCUGUGGCGAAGGUGGUUGUGGCGCUUGUGUUGUUCUUCUCUCAAAGUAUGAUCCAUUGCUCGAGAAGGUCGAUGAUUUCACAGUCAGCUCUUGUCUCACGCUCCUAUGCAGCAUCGACGGCUGCUCCAUCACUACCUCAGAAGGCCUCGGCAACAGCAGAGCCGGUUUCCACGCUGUCCACGAGCGUAUCGCCGGUUUCCACGCCACGCAAUGCGGUUUCUGCACUCCUGGAAUGAGCGUUUCCAUGUUCUCCGCUCUCUUGAACGCUGACAAGUCUCAUCCUCCUCCUCACAACGGUUUCUCAAACCUCACGGCUGCUGAAGCAGAGAAGGCUGUGUCAGGGAAUCUAUGCCGGUGCACCGGUUACAGACCGCUCGUGGACGCUUGUAAGAGCUUCUCAGCUGACGUGGACAUCGAAGACCUCGGAUACAAUUCCUUUUGCAAGAAGGGAGAACAAAACAGAGCCGAGGUUUUAAAAACUUUGCCUUGUUAUGAUCAUGCAACAUCUCAAGUCUGUAAGUUUCCUGAGUUCUUGAAGGAAGAGAUCAAGAACGGUAUGGUUCUUGAUCCAAGAAAGUACAGAUGGUCAAGCCCUGUGAGUGUCUCGGAGCUUCAGGGGUUAUUAUCAGAGGCUGAGAAUGGAAUGGCGGUUAAGUUAGUUGCGGGUAACACGAGCACAGGGUAUUACAAAGAAGAGAAACAGAGGACGUACGAACGGUUUUUCGAUGUAAGGCGGAUUCCGGAGCUUGCUGUGGUGAGAAGAGAUGAGAAAGGAGUUGAGUUAGGAGCUGCUGUGACUAUAUCGAAAGCUAUUGAGGUUUUGAGAGGUGAAGAGAAUGUUUCUAUGUUGGAGAAACUGGCGGAUCAUAUGGAGAAGAUUGCGAACAGGUUCGUGAGGAACACGGGGACGGUGGGAGGAAACAUCAUGAUGGCGCAGAGGAAACAGUUUCCUUCGGAUCUCACAACCAUACUUGUAGCUGCUAGAGCAACUGUGAAGAUCAUGAGUAGCGGCUCUGGUCAAGAAGAGUUUACAUUGGAAGAGUUUCUUCAACAGCCUCCUCUUGAUACCAAGUCUGUUCUUCUGAGCAUUGAGAUCCCUUCUUGGAGCUCCGUGAAGGUGAAGAAGAACGGUUCUUCUUCGGAUACGCAUUUUCUCUUUGAGACUUACAGAGCAGCGCCACGUCCUCUAGGAAACGCGUUGGCGUUUCUGAAUGCAGCGUUCUCAGCUGAAGUUUCUUUGAGUGAAGAGCUUGAUGGCAUUGUUGUGCAUGAUUGUUUGUUAGCUUUUGGAGCUUAUGGGACAAAACAUGCACACAGGGCGAGGAAAGUGGAAGACUUUCUUACAGGGAAAGUGAUCACUGAUGAGGUUUUGAUGGACGCUAUUGGCUUGCUUAAAGAUGAGAUAGUACCUGAUAAGGGUACUUUGAAUCCUGGUUAUAGAUCAAGCUUGGCUGUUACUUUCUUCUUUGAGUUCUUUGGAUCUUUAACUCAAACAAAUGUUAAAACUUCAAACGGAUGGCUCAACGGAGGAGAGGUUGGUCUUGAUCACGAGGUUGAAUCUUUGAAACCUGAAGCUAUGUUGUCAUCUGCACAACAGAUUGUUGAAAACCAAGAACAUAGUCCGGUUGGGAAAGGCAUUGUAAAGGCUGGAGCUUGUCUCCAAGCAUCUGGUGAGGCUGUUUAUGUAGACGACAUCCCUUCGCCGGAAAACUGUCUCUACGGCGCAUUUAUCUACAGUACAAUGCCUCUAGCGCGGAUCAAGAGUAUAAGGUUCAAGGAAAACAGAGUUCCAGAGGGAGUUCUUGGCAUAAUAACUUACAAAGAUAUUCCUAAAAGCGGGAAAAAUAUCGGCACCAAAGGUUUCUUUGGUUCGGAUCUUUUGUUUGCAGAAGAAAUCACUCACUGUGCGGGUCAGAUCAUAGCCUUUUUGGUUGCAGAUAGUCAGAAGCUUGCAGAUGUUGCAGCAAAUCUUGUUGUGGUUGAUUAUGACACAGAGAAUUUAGAGCCACCGAUACUGUCCGUUGAAGAAGCUGUCGAAAGAUCCAGCCUUUUCGAGAUCUUUCCACGUCUUCGUUGUAAACCGGUCGGUGAUAUCACCAAAGGAAUGGCUGAAGCUGAGCAUAAGAUUCUUGCAUCUAAGUUAAGUUUCGGGUCACAGUACUUCUUCUAUAUGGAGACACAAACGGCUCUUGCAGUGCCUGAUGAAGACAACUGUAUGGUGGUUUAUAGCUCGUCUCAAGUUCCCGAGUAUGUACAUCGAACCAUCGCUGGAUGUCUUGGAGUUCCUGAGCAUAAUGUCCGUGUCAUCACUCGUCGAUGUGGAGGUGGAUUCGGUGGGAAAGUCACCAAAUCAAUGCCCGUUGCUGCAGCUUGUGCACUUGCAGCAUCCAAGAUGCAGCGUCCGGUGAGGAUAUACGUGAACCGGAAAACGGAUAUGAUAACAACCGGAGGAAGACAUCCGAUGAAAGUUACAUAUAGUGUUGGUUUCAAAGCCAAUGGGAAGAUCACUGGUUUAGAUAUGGAGUUGUUACUUGAGGUAGGGAUAAGUGAAGAUAUAAGCCCGCUUAUGCCAAAGGGCAUUCAAUGUGCACUGAUGAAGUAUGACUGGGGUGCUCUCUCUUUUGAUGUGAAACUAUGCAAGACAAACACUGUGAGCAGAACCGCGGUUAGAGCUCCAGGGGAUGUACAAGGAACGUAUAUAGCAGAAGCCAUUAUGGAGAAAGUAGCUUCAUAUCUUUCUAUUGAUGUUGAUGAGAUCAGGAAGGUUAAUCUCCAUACAUAUGAGAGCUUGAAGUUGUUUCACAACGCUCAAGCUGGUGAAUCCCCUGAGUACACGUUACCAAUGAUUUGGGACAAGCUCGCUGAGUCCUCGGGGUUUAACCAGCGGAGGAAGGUGGUCGAGGAGUUCAAUGCAUCAAACAAGUGGAGGAAGAGAGGGAUCUCGCGUGUGCCUGCGGUUUAUGGAGUGUCCAUGAGAUUAACACCGGGAAGAGUAAGCGUGUUGAGCGAUGGGUCAGUAGUGGUUGAGGUUCCAGGGAUUGAGAUAGGACAAGGGCUAUGGACAAAAGUGAAACAGAUGGCUGCAUUUUCUCUUGGACUGAUCCAAUGCGGUACUACAAGCGAUGAGCUUCUCAAGAAGAUCCGGGUGGUCCAGUCCGACACAUUGAGUUUGGUACAAGGCUCAGUGACUGGUGGUAGCACAAGCUCUGAGGCCAGCAGCGAAGCGGUUAGGAUUUGCUGUGAUGGUUUAGUCGAAAGGCUUUUACCAGUGAAGACCGCUUUGGCGGAGCAAACAGGAGCACCUGUGACUUGGGAUAGCCUCAUUAGUCAGGCUUAUCUACAAUCUAUUAACAUGUCGGUUAGUACUGCAUACUCGCCGGAUAUCUCCACUGGCGCAUACCUUAACUAUGGAGUUGCAGCGAGCGAGGUUGAAGUAAACAUUUUGACGGGUGAAACAACGAUUCUGCGCACGGAUAUUAUCUAUGACUGCGGGAAAAGUCUCAAUCCUGCUGUGGAUUUAGGACAGAUUGAAGGAGCAUUUGUUCAAGGACUUGGGUUCUUUAUGCUUGAAGAGUAUCUAAUGAACUCAGACGGUCUCAUAGUAACAGACAGCACUUGGACUUACAAGAUCCCAACGGUAGACACAAUCCCAAGACAGUUUAAUGUUGAGAUUCUCAACAGUGGACAACACAAGAACCGUGUUCUUUCUUCCAAAGCUUCCGGUGAGCCUCCAUUGCUUUUAGCGGCUUCUGUUCACUGCGCGGUCCGAGCAGCAGUUACAGAAGCCAAGAAACAGAUUCUGACAUGGAGUAAUAAUCAACAAGAGAUUGAUCUGACCUUUGAGCUGCCUGUUCCUGCAACAAUGCCUGUUGUGAAGGAGUUUUGUGGACUCGAUGUUGUCGAGAAAUACUUGGAAUGGAAAGUCCAGCAGAGGAAGAACGUUUGA